UCUUGUCACCUAAUGUUUUCCAUAAAUAGUUGAACCCGAAGCUGCCGCGAAACUUCUCUCCCUUAGCUCUCGCUUCGUAUUUUGCUCUCCGCCGAUGAUCUCGUCAGAGAGAAGGCGAAGAGAGAGAGGAGGGUAAAAGAGAAGAAGAAAUAGAGAGAGCGAGGAAGAAAGUAAGAUCUUCUUCUCCGCUCUUCCACCGCCUCGCCGCCGUCCUCUCUCCCACCCCUAGCCCCAGGUCCUGAGUCACAUCGCGCGUCAGGUGUCCCGCAGUAGCCGGCAGAUGGACCCGCCGUCGCCGGAGCGCUACGCGCGGCAGCGCGAUGAGGAGUGCGGCCUCGCCGACGCGGCGGCGGCGGCCCUCGUAGAUGAGCGCGAGAUCACCUGCGAGGACGACGCGUUCGAUAUCCCCGCCAAGAACGCCCCCGUCGAGCGGCUCCACCGGUGGAGGCAAGCAGCACUUGUGUUGAAUGCAUCACGUCGAUUUAGAUAUACUCUUGACCUAAAAAAGGAGAAAGAGAAGGAAGACCUAAGGAGGAAAAUAAGGACUCAUGCGCAAGUUAUACGGGCUGCAUUUCUCUUCAAAGAAGCUGGGGAAAGAGAGGCACCAGAUGCUUCUGGAGAGAAACCAGUAAUUCCCAAAGAUGGUUUUCCAAUCAGUGUGGACAAGCUUACUACAUUAACCAGGGAACAUGACUUCGCCAGGCUGCAAGAAUAUGGAGGGGCAAGUAGCUUGACAUUUAAAUGCAUUAUUGUUAAUCUUCAUCCUAUGUUGUUUACGUGGUUAUCUUGGUGA